GAAAAAUCAUUGAAACUCAUAAGAUUGUCUUAUGACGCGAAUGAAUUCUGAAGAUGAACACCUAAUCCAAUGAGGGUUUGUAGCUUUUCAUAAGAUGCUCUUAUGGAAACAGAAAGUCAAUUCUAAUAAGAAUAAUUAAUGAUAUUUUACGUUGAAAAGAUUCACUUUAUUGUUUUCCGAAUUUGUUUCAAAUAAAAUCAUUCAAAGUGUCAUCAGCAGCACAUCAACACCUCGGCUCCAACAAAGAUUUUUUUCGCCGCAUCCGAUUCUUCGACCUUCCGUUUUUAGCCGGUCAGCAUACUGAAAGUAAACAAAAAAUAAUAUAUUUUAGUUUACAAAUAUAUUAAGCAUUCACAUCAAAAACAUCAACUCAAACUUACCAAUCAGAAAGAUCACAAUGACAUUCAACUGUUAAGGAAAACUUAUAACUAACAAUCGAAAGCUUCGUACCGCUAGACGAUGAAAAACUUGACAGAAUGAAUGAAUGUGUUCAUUAUAUUUUCACAAUGCCCUUUCUUCUAUUUUUCAUAAGAUGUUCAUAUAAAAACUGAAGGAAUUUCAUAAGACUCUUAUGAAACACAAUAUUACACUCUAAAAAGCGGUUCAUAAGACGCAUCUUAUGAAAAUUAUAAUAAGAAUUUGCCUGAGUGUACGAGUUCUCCCGCGUUAAUGGUUAACGGCGCGCAGUUUCCUCAAGCGAAAGCGAACGCAUAUACAGUCAGGAAGUGAAAGGUCAAAGCAGUUUCCGACAGACGUAGAGGCCAACCGAGGAUUUCCUGCAAAGUGCGAAUCUAGAUUUUUACACUUUUCAUCUUUUGAGUUUCAGCAAUUUAAAUUCAACCAUGGAUAAUCGAAAGCAACCUGUUAAAGGUCUACGCAAAACUGCGCAAAACCACAAAAUGGCUGAAAAAUUAUAAUCGUGUAUUUUUCGAGAAAGCUUCAUCAGACUAGAAUCCAUCAGAGUCAGAAAAGAAAGCAGAAGAAUAAUUUGUUUCGAAACAAAAAGUGUUAAGGAAUUUUUCAGACAUUUAAAUCCGUACCACUUUAGUGGAUUUUAAUCCUCCAUUUUAAUCAUGCCAUGUAUCGUGCCGACCUGCGCCAGCGAACAGUUUCACAGAGGACGUAUGCGUAAAUUUCCGAACGAUGCCGUCCUGGCCGACCGGUGGCUUCAGGCCAUCCAGAUCGGUUGUGGAAUUGCCGGAAUCGAUCUGCCGCUGGUGGGACCGUUGAGUCAAAUUUGCGAUGCCCAUUUUGACGUAGCAGACCCUGCCGUAGUCCGGGGUUACUAUCAGGAACCUUCGAUUUUUUGUACUAGUGAGGGAGAAUCGACAACAGUCGUAUCUUGUAGGACAUGCCUGAAUUUCUUCCCCCGAAAAGAAGUUUUGCCGUACAUGGAUUAUUUGCAUAGCGUGGACAGCUUUCCAGAUGUGGCGAAGUUCAGCGAUUUAUUCUCAUCGAAUUUAAGCCUGUCCAACUACUUGUGCUUGGAAUGUUCAGCUAGAAUUGAAAUUUUGAAGACUAUUUUGUCGUGCAGUCGACAGUUCGCAGAAUCCAGUAGAACGCUGGAACAACUGAUCAACAAGGUAGUUGAACAAAGUCUGUGGUUUUCCGAGGAAGGUGGAGAUGCAACAAACAUUGAACAAAUUUGUAGUAUUGGAAAAUUGGAGACUCCAAAUGAGACUAUUGGAGCGGGUGAAAACUUUCUUUCCGUUCAGCUUUUAGAAGAAGAAACUAAGAAUGAAAACACCGGCCAGGAAUACCUGGAUCCGAUAUUUACAAUCGUUGAACUGGGCGAUUCGGAAAAUGAAAUCGAACCCGAAGCAGAGAGUCUUAAUAAUCACGCGCAGCAACAAAAUGACGAAAUGGUGAGCAGAGAAUGCGAAUGCCAACAUUGCGGCGAGUUUUUUGGCAAUCUCCUUUUUCUGCAAGAUCAUAUCGCUCGGUGGCAUUCAAAAAAGCAACGAUUCGAAUGCGACAUCUGCGAAAAACUCUGUCUGUCAAGGUACGAUUUGAAAACUCAUCGCGCGAUACAUUCGGAGGAACGCCCUUUUCAGUGCAAUCUUUGCGGCAAGAGGUUCAAAACUAAGAAAACCUUGAGUUCGCAUCAGAACUUGUUGCAUCCUAAAGGAGGUUCGUUAGAGUGCUGGAUAUGCCAUCAAUCAUUUGAAAACGCUGAAGACCUGGAGGUUCACUCUGCAGAGCACAACGAAACUAGGAUCGAGUGCGAUGUCUGCAGGAAGACGUACAAAAAUCUCCACACGUACCGGUCGCAUCGAGCGAAACAUGAUAGUCGCAUUGUGUUUCCGUGCCCCAUUUGCCACAAAUCGUUUAAGCAGAAGCAUUACUUCGAGCAGCACCUAAAGCUGCACAAGGAAGAGCUCAACUUUGGAUGCGACAUCUGCGGAAAAUCGUUCACCUGUGGUCGCUACCUGGAAAUCCACAAGAAGAAACACAGCUCUCCGUGAUUGACUCGUAACUCGAACAAAACGUUAGCUAGACGCUAGCUGAGCCCGAUUAAUUCCAAUAUGUUUAGUAAGACGUAAUUUCUCGUCAGUUUUUUUUACAGUCCAGGACGAGUUCGGUCGCUUCUUGACAUCUGUAUUGGCCAUUUCCAUCUGCCAACGAUAAACAAUGACGAUGUGAUGAGUCCUAGGAUAUGACAGUAAUAUUGGUUGUUAUUCAACCCUUGUGUGACGUUUUGAUGGAAAGGUACUGAGCUGAGCUUAAAUGUCCGUAAAGAUCAAAACUAAGACAUCAAUUUGAAACAAUUGUAAGCCAUUUAUGAUCAAAUAUUUUUCCAGUUUAUUUAUAAGUGGAGUUUUUUCUUGUUAAGUGUUCUAAAGCGAAAGGAACCUCGACACAUCCAAGAUCCUUCAGAUCAUCACUAUAGUAUUAGAUGUAAUCCUUGAGUUGAGACAUAGUCAAGUGUGCGCUCUUUUGUAUUAAUUGUUGCCUUUGCCAUGAAUAACUGUCGGUUAUCCUUCGAGCAGCUGGAACAUAGUUCACUGCAGAUGGUAAUACGGUAAAGGCCCCCUGAAAGUAAAUUUUGAACACGGGCUGUCGGGAACACCCGACAGGUUUUUCAAUGGCUGUUUGACAACUGGAUAAAAAUGUAAAUCCACGAAUGACAAAAAAUGUGAACCCUAUUUGGAAACUCAAUGUUAACCGUGCAUAGCUAAUCAACUGGAUAGACGAAAUAGAACAAAAUACGCUAAUUAAAGCCAUUCGAACUUUUGGGCUCAACAACAUUUCCGAUCAUCAUCUAUAGAAACACUAGCUCCCCUAAUGGACAACCACAUCGUCGGGAAUCAUUUAUCUCUCACUAAACAGUGCCCGUUUGCGGAUAGCUGUUAAUCGAAUUAGAUAUUACCGUAUUACUACAAUCUUUCCUUUUAAGCCCUUCAUUCCUCUUAUUUUUUUAAACCUGACUAUUUGCAUACAGAAAUUUUUCUAAAGUGUAUCGUCUCAGUAAAUGUUAUUUAAUUUAAAUAUAAUAGAUAUAAGUUAUUGUAAUUGUUAGUUUUAAUUGGUGAGCUUUAUUCUGCAAGACACAUGACGUGACUUCUGUUAGCGCUUUAGUGAAAAAAAUGUCAGUUCAGAUAAGCUUCUUUUGGUUCUCGGAUCUCAUUCGAACUCAAUUUUCUUAGCUGAAGCACUCACACCAACUACGUGGCGAGUCGCGUCACGUGACUCGUAGAACAAGGCUCGGUAACAAUCGUUUAGUUUUUUUACUUCCCAACCCAAUUGGAAAAGGUUUAGAAAAUAUUUAAAUAACAGGAUAUUAUUUCAUCCAAAUCUUACCCAAACCUUCUAUAAUGACAAAUUUAUACCUAAAAAUAAAAAUAAAUAAAAAGUUUAAAGGUUUCUUUGGAAGCUUCAAA